ACAACAACAGAAAUCCCCGCCUUAUCAACGGUAAUUUUAUUUUCUUUAAAACAACAUAAAUAUUCCAUGCUCAUACGACAGCGUUUUAACUCUUCUUCGUCUACCUCGUAUCUGAACCUGCAAACACUCUUCUAGGGCUCGCAAUCCCAAUCCCAAUCCCAAUCGCAAACCCUAACUUUUCUUCUAUUGCGUUCAUCAUCCCAUCAAAAUGGCAAUUGCACGCACUGGAGUCUACGUCGACGACUAUUUGGAGUACGCUAACACGUUGCCCGCUGAGCUUCAGAGACUGCUUAACACCGUUCGGGAACUCGAUGAACGAUCCCAAUCUAUGAUAAAUCAGACUAGGCAGCAGACAAAGUACUGUAUGGGGUUCUCAUCUCAUGGCUCUAAGAAGGGUAAUCAUAAUCAUAAUUAUAGUUAUAAUAAUAAUUACGCCAACGGCGACGAUGAUGCUUCUAUUGAGAAACUGCUAAAAGAAAUUGAGGCAAACCAGGAUAGUGCUUUGAGUCUCUGCACUGAGAAGGUUUUGCUGGCACAGCAAGCAUAUGAACUGAUAGAUAGCCAUGUAAAACGACUUGAUGAGGAUUUAAACAACUUCGCUGAAGAUUUAAAGCAAGAGGGGAAAAUACCGCCAGAUGAGCCAGCCAUUCUCCCUCCACUGCCUAUUGUCCCUAAACCUGAAAAACGCAGGCACGGAUAUGGUACACCUCAAUCAAAGAGACUUGAUUACAGGGAAAGAGACUGGGAUAGAGACUUUGAGCUAAUGCCUCCACCAGGAGGCCAUAAGAAGGAUUAUGCGACCCCUAUGGAUGUCGAUCAACCCAUUGAUCCCAAUGAACCUACAUACUGUGUUUGUCAUCAGGUGUCUUUUGGAGACAUGAUUGCUUGUGACAAUGAAAAUUGCCGAGGAGGUGAAUGGUUCCACUAUUCAUGUGUUGGCCUUACCCAAGAAACAAGGUUCAAGGGAAAGUGGUAUUGUCCAACUUGCAGAUUACAACCACACUGUUAAUGAUAAAUCUUUGCCCCAGUUGAACUAAAUUCCUUGUUUGAAAAUAUUUUUGUUUCUUUUUAGUGAACGCAUAGUUUUAGGUUGUGUUAUGAUCAAUUAAUGGGGUAAAACUUUGAUGCAAAUCCUUUAUAACUCUUUCUCCCCGACCAGAAAAUACUGUGGGAUUUGAAUGAUUUGCCUUCUAUUUUGCUUCA